AUGAAUAUAACAAAAAAAAUAUUGAGACAAAAGCUAAUAUUAGGUACAGUUAUUGGUGUAUGUACUGGAAUUUCAAUAGGAUUCAUACUUAAAACUUUUACUUCUCAACCAUGGUCCAAAAGAGAUAUAAUGUAUCUAAAAUUUCCUGGAGAACUAUUCAUGAGAUUGAUAAAUUGUUUAAUAUUACCUCUUGUAACAUCUAGCAUAGUGAGUGCUACUUGCAACUUGAAGAAAUCAGGUCACAUUGGAACAAUGGCAUUAUAUUAUUAUAUGACAACAACAUUCCUUGGAAUAAUAUUAAGUGUAACAUUAGUUCAAACAAUAAAACCUGGUGACUUACUUAAAAAUGAAAAUAUUGUGUCACAAAAUACAACUAAAUCUUUCAUUACAUUGGACACAAUUUUAGAUUUAUUUCGAAAUCUUAUGCCAGAAAAUAUAGUGAAUGCAUGCUUAUUUCAGUAUCAAACUGUGUUAGAAAAACCAAAGAAUGAAACAGUACCCAUUGAUGAAUGGAAAAUAGACCAUACAAAUGUAGCAGGAACAAAUGUAUUAGGAUUAGUAUUCUUUAGUUUAAUCUUAGGACUAGCAAUUGGUGAUAUAGAUGCAAGAGGAGAACCCUUAAUAAAUUUUUUUCGAUCUUUGUCAGAUGCAAUGAUGAAGAUCAUGAGUUGGGCAAUAAUGCUAGUGCCAAUGAGUGCAUUAUUUCUUAUUUGUGCAAAGAUUCUCGAAAUAGAAGACUUUAAUGGUGUUAUAAAACGACUUGGAAUUUAUAUCUUAACUGUUUUUAGUGGUUUGCUCAUACAAGGUUUAUUAUUACUUCCACUACUAUAUUUUAUAUGUACUCGCCAAUCUCCAUAUAACAUUAUAACUAAACUUGGACCUGCUUUUGUCACAGCAUUUGGUACAUCAUCCAGUACAGCCACAGUUCCAGUAACAAUAUCAUGUUUGGAACAUAUUGGGAUACCUUCUAAAAUAUCUAGAUUUAUUGUACCAAUUGGUGCCACCAUAAAUAUGGAUGGUAUAGCAUUAUAUGAAAGUGUUGGUGCAAUUUUUAUAAUUCAAUUACAUGGCUUACAAUUCUCUCUAUUCAAAAUUAUAAUAAUCUGUAUAACAUGUACUGUAUCUUGUAUUGGUGCUGCCGGCUUACCUAGUGGUGGUUAUGUAAUGUUAAUAAUGGUAUUAAAUUCCGUGGGAGUUCCAGUAGAAGAUGUUUCAUUAAUUAUCGCCAUCGACUGGUUUGUAGAUCGCUUUAGAACCACCUUAAAUAUCGUGGCAGAUGCAUUAGGUGCUGGCAUAAUAGCUCAUUAUUACAAAAAAAAUAAACAAUAUUUUAUACCAGAAGAAAUAGAAUUAUAUACUUCCUCGUAA